GAGGAGGAGACUUUGUUCAACUCUUCAGACGACGAGAGCACCAAUGGCGACGUGUUUAAUAAGUGCAGGACCUCUGCGAAACCUAAGGAGAACGACGACCGCGUGGCACUCGUACUGCUCCUCACUGACUUGUGGCAGGCAAAAUGUUAAUGGAGUGGAUCUUUACUAUGAGAAGACAGGCACAGGGAAACAUGCAGUGGUGUUGCUUCCUGGUGCUCUAGGAAACACUAAGACAGACUUUCAACCCCAGCUCAAGUCUUUGAACAAGGAUGUUUUUACAGUAGUAGGCUGGGAUCCACGUGGUUAUGGACUAUCGCGACCUCCAGACAGAGACUUUCCUCUUGACUUCUUUGAAAAUGAUGCAAGGGAUGCUGUGGAUCUUAUGAGGACAUUGGGGUUUGUCAAGUUCUCUCUGCUGGGGUGGAGUGAUGGCGGCAUCGCAGCCCUAAUUGCUGCUGCAAAGAACCCAGCGUUAAUCAACAAGAUGGUUAUAUGGGGAUCCAAUGCGUUUGUAUCACAACAAGACCUUGACAUUUACAAAUCCGUCUGUGAUGUGUCCAAAUGGAGCACAAGGAUGAGGGCGCCGAUGGAGGAGGUGUAUGGAGCAGAGGUCUUUGCUAAAACAUGGGAGGCCUGGGUGAAUGGGAUCGAACAGUUUGCCCACAGACCUCAAGGAAACAUCUGCAUUGACCUUCUGCCUCUGAUCAGAUGUCCGACUCUGAUCAUUCAUGGAGAGAAAGAUCCUAUUGUGCCCACCUGCCACCCAUACUUCCUCCUCAACCAUAUCCAGGGAUCACGAUUACAUCUGAUGCCAGACGGAAAACACAAUCUACAUCUGAGGUUUCCCGAAGAAUUCAACAGCCUGGUGGAAGAUUUCCUGCAAGAGAGACAAAAUGAUUAAUAUCAUGGAAAUAAUCACUGUGGUUUCACAUCCUGAUGAAGAAAAGAUGUCAAAAAAACAGUACUUAUAAAAAAUCUAUCACUUA